AUGCGGCCGGAGGCACCCUUGCACAGACCUGUGACCCCGGAAUUCACGGAGAAUAACCCAUUGCGAGAGGUACUACCUGUGCUCGAAAUCGGCGGCGAAACACUCUCGCAAUCGCUCGCGAUUAUCGAGUACAUCGAAGAGAAGUAUUCAGAACUCAGGCUGCUACCGCAAAAUAUCGUUCUACGGGCAAAGGUCCGCGCCAUUGCGCAGCUGAUCGCAUCUGGGAUUCAGCCAAGGCGGUUAGAAAAGCAGUGCUGCAAGACAGCAGGCAAAUACUGCGUUGGAGACAGCAUCACUAUGGCCGAUGUCUGCCUGGUGCCUCAAGUCGACACUGUGAAAGACAUCAAGCUCGACAUGACUCCAUACCCGACCAUCGUGCGCAUAAACAAUUAGGGGCGUCGCGAAAUUUUGUCAAACCGGAUUUUUAGGUCGACUUUCGGGGUUCGACUGGAUCGAACCGGUUCGGCGAACCUUCGACUUUUCACCAGGUUCGACCGGUUCGACUUUGUGGACAGUGUGGCCAGACCUUGAUACAAGCAUG